GAUUUGCGUGAAACAGCCACCGAGAGGUCUCUUUUCCGUAAAAGUGUUGCAAAGAAGAUGGUGCAACGACUAACUUUCAGGCGCCGCCUGUCUUACAACACCACCUCCAAUAGGAGAAAGAUCUCCAAAACACCUGGUGGUCGAUUGGUUUACCUGUACACCAAGAAACCAGGUAGCUUGGCGAAAUGCGGUGAUUGCAAGAUAAAACUGAAAGGCGUCGUCCCGGCACGGCCCAAGGAGCUGAAGUCCCUGUCCCGGCGGCACAAGAUGGUGUCACGGACGUACGGCGGAUCCCGCUGCGCCACGUGCGUGAGAACCAGGAUCGUGCGUGCUUUCCUUAUUGAAGAACAGAAGAUCGUUGUAAAGGUACUGAAGGCACAAGCAAAAGCGGCCAAAAAGUGAAAUUAAUGUACAGGCAUACGAGUAAAUAAAUAUUAAAAAACUGAA